ACCAAACCCGCGGCUAUUGUCGUCUGCGCCUGUCCGGAGAGUGCGCUUUGUUUCCAUGCCGAAUCGGACUCAGACCGCCCUACAAUGCGCCACUCACAUGCAAGAGCAGAUACCCCGUCUAGGGGAAUCCCUCAUGGACUCUUAUCUGCUGCAGUGUGCACCCCUCUCCCGAUUCUCACUUGCAUAGGUUGGUCGACUCGUCUACUCUUGCGUUUCCUACAAGCACUACACACCUUUCCUACUGUGCCUGCAACGCCAUCAUUGCUAUCCAGAAGCCAGAGCAUUAUUUCAUUGUUUCUGAAGCAGACCGGCACUUCCAGAACUCUUUGAUCGAUUACAGCAGACACAGCCAAGAUGGCCCCUCAUGCAACUGGACAUGAUACACCGCUCGAAGUAUCCUCAAUAGAAGGGUCGCCAAUCUUGUCAGGCAUUACAGAUGCAUCUGGAAUCAGUGUCAUUGCUUCGAACCGAGCAGUGAUUGAAGGCCGCCUCUCGCCAGCCACAAUCGUGAUAUCGGCCUCCACAGGCAAGAUCGUGACCAUAUACGAUCAAGUCCUCCCAGUUUCAGACUUUCCACCUGGGACACCCUACACCGACCACAGCCCACAUGUACUCCUACCUGGUCUCGUAGACGCACAUGUGCAUCUCAAUGAGCCCGGUCGAACAGAAUGGGAAGGCUUCUGGACUGGCACUCGUGCAGCAGCAUUUGGUGGUGUCACAACAGUCGUUGAUAUGCCACUCAACGCAAUCCCACCCACAACCACGAUGGAGGGCCUGAAAGAGAAGGUGGCUGCUGCUCAAGGGAAAUGUUGGGUCGAUGUUGGAUUCUAUGGCGGGGUAAUACCUGGCAAUGCCCACGAGCUGAAGCCGCUUGUCAAAGCUGGUGUGCGGGGCUUCAAAGGCUUUUUGAUCGACAGUGGUGUCGAAGAAUUUCCUGCAGUGUCUUCUCUCGACAUUCGUAAGGUCUUUGAAGAGCUGGCAGACGAGCCGACGACAGUCAUGUUCCACGCCGAGAUGAUACCUCCUGUGACAGAGUCUGUGGGAGACGAUGUGCAAACAUCAUUGCCUCCUCUCCAGCCCUCAGGCCCUCUGGACAAAUAUCAAACUUUCCUGGACUCGCGGCCUUCGUCAUUCGAGGUGUGCGCGAUCCUGGAGAUCCUCGAUCUGGCACACCUUGCACCCAAUCUGCCUUUACAUAUCGUACACCUUUCAGCUGCCGAGGCCAUACCCAUGCUUCGUGCCGCCGUAGCACGUGGAGUCAAAAUCACAGCCGAGACGUGUUUCCAUUAUCUGAGCUUGGCAGCCGAGAAGAUUCCAGAUGGCGACACCAGACACAAAUGCUGCCCUCCCAUCAGAUCAGAGUCGAACCAGGACAGUCUGUGGGCCGAGAUGCUCAACGAGGAGAGUAUCAUCAAGACUGUGGUAUCAGACCACUCGCCUUGCACACCGGAUUUGAAACUCCUGCCAUCUCACGUACCAGGCUCGCAGCCCAAGGCUGCCAAAGGCUGCUGCACAUCCAAAACUGCAGAAGGCGACUUCUUCGAAGCCUGGGGCGGAAUCAGCUCGGUCGGUCUUGGUCUCAGCAUCCUAUGGACAGAGGCUAUGCGUAGAAACAUGGACGUGAACGAGACCCUUCUCAACAUCGUAACCUGGUGCUGCUCAAACACCGCAAAACAAGUCGGUCUCGAAUGUCGCAAAGGCCAGCUCAAAGUAGGAAUGGACGCAGAUAUUUGCGUUUUCGAUGAUGCGAGCACAUUUGAAGUCGAGCCGAAUACAAUGCUUUUCCGGAAUAAAUGCUCGCCUUAUGAGGGCAGGACGUUGAAGGGAUUCGCGGCAGCGACGUAUCUGCGAGGUCGAAAGAUCCAUACACGAGAAGCUGGAUUCGCAAAAGCGUCGAAACCGGCUGGAGAACUAUUACUAGAACCGCGGUCGCAUUAG